AUGCGAUCAAAACGAGCUCUUUGCUUUACCAUAAUCCUGGGAGUCUUUUACCAAAUUUUCCUGAACAACUUUCUCUUCGUUUUUCUAAACAUUGGGGGCGUACUUCAACCUCUAGAGGAUUUCGGCUAUGACUGCCAGCGCAUUUACCACCCACUACUCGAGUCCUGCGAGGACCUUUGGCUAGACCAAGCUAGUCGCAUUCUAUUUGCAGCUUGCGGAGAUAUGAAUAGUCGACAAAAUUGGGUUCCAGCUGCAAAUAGCUUCAAUACAUCUGGGAGACAAAGAAAAGACCAUUUCUCAGUUCUUCACAUUGACAAGCUGGAAGAAGAUGGUCUUUAUGGGUUGCACAAACUCAAUAUCACCGGCCCCUAUCGAGGGGCAAACAGUGAAAAUGAUCAGGUGCUAGAUUUACAUGGAUUUGCUGCACGCGAAAUCAGUGAGAGUCGUUUACAGUUCUUGGUUAUCAACCACCGUCCUCCAGUGGAUGAUAUUUCUGCAAGAGUUUUGCCUGACGCAACCGCAAUCGGUGCAAAUUCCACAAUUGAAAUUUUUGAGCUUGACCGACGGUCCUCAAAUCUCGAGUUUAUCAGGACCAUUCACGACAAAAGCAUUAUUGCGCCAAAUAAUAUGGCCGUAUCAAAGCAAGGACGAUUAAUUUUCACGAAUGAUCACAGCUCUAAAGGUUGGUCUGAUGAGUCUUUGGCUGGUCGGGUAGGUCUGCUUCAACACGUAUCAUUUAGACGGCUUCACAAGGCUAAUCUAGAUCCACUCCUCCAGUUCCGCAGGCUUGAGUCUAUGUGGGGUACAGGGAAUGUUGUAUCUUGCGGAAUAGAGACUGGGGAGUGCCAUAUAGCAGCGUCUCGAGGAUUCUCCUUCCCAAAUGGGGUUGUACAAGGACAUGAUGGACUACUUUACGUUUCUCAUUUCAUCACCGGCAAGAUUACAGUUCAUGAGCUCCGUUCCAAUGACUCCCUGAUUCAAGUUGACGAGAUCAAGCUUGGCAUGCCCCUGGAUAAUUUAUCUAUCGAUGAACAAGGCACCAUAUUUGUUCCAGGAUUUCCUGAUAUAAGUGCAGUGUUCAAGUCACUGACUCAUCCUGGAACGAGAGGGAUUCCUUCGACAAUUUUUACCAUUACGAAAGUUACAGCCUGCAAUAAGCCAAAAUACCAGGUGAAUAAGAUACUAGAAGAUAGGGAGGGUAGAAUUCUCCCAUCAACAACGACCGUGAUACAUGAUAUUUACACAGGUCGACUGUUUCUGAGUGGCGUUGCUUCCCCUUUCAUCACCGUUUGUCAGAAGCGAUAA